AUGGCAGCCCCUCGAGGCGUGGCCCACAGCACCGCGCGCCGUACAACAUGGCCGCCUACGGGGCGCGCUCAGAGUCCCCUCCCGCCCAAUCGCCGGAAGUUUCCAUUUGAAAGCGCGGCGGCAGCCCGGGUAGCUGGUGCGGCAGUUACCGCGGAGCGUCCUUUGAACCAGGGCGACGAGGGUAGCGGCCAGGAGCUGCAGGCGCCUGGGGCCCAGCCGUGCCGCCUCGUUACGAUGACCAGCGUGGUUAAGGCCAUAUACACCCUGCAGCCUCCCGCUGUGCAGAGCGGCGGCCUGCCGUCAGACACACAAACUCGAGCCACUUCUAAGAGCCUCUUACCUGUUAAAUCCAAAGAAGUGGAUGUUUCCAGAUUUCAUUCAGGAGGUUCAGAAAAUGAUGUUACAAAAAUCGUCAAGCCAAGACGAGAGAACGGGCAGGUCAAAGCUGCAGACCCUGCCAUCAGGAGGAACAUCAGAAAGAGCUACAAACCGCUGAGUAAGCAGAAAUCAGAGGAAGAGCUCAAGGAUAAGAAUCAGCUCUUAGAGGCCGUCAACAAGCAGCUACACCAGAAGUUGACUGAAACUCAGGGAGAACUGAAAGACCUGACUCAAAAGGUGGAGCUGCUGGAGAAGUUUCAGGAUAACUGUUUGGCAAUUUUGGAGAGCAAGGGCCUUAACCCAGUUUUAGGCAGCGAGACCUCAGCAUCACAGCAAGAAGCCACCACGGAUCAUACAGGCUCUAUGUUGCUGUUAGAAACAUUGCAAGAUGAGCUGAAGCUUUUUAAUGAAACAGCCAAAAAGCAGAUGGAGGAGUUACAGGCCUUAAAAGUAAAGUUGAAGAUGAAAGAAGAAGAGAGGGCCCGGUUCCUAGAACAGCAGACAUUAUGUAACAGUCAAGUAAAUGAUUUUACAGCAGCCCUAGAGGAAAUGGAGCAGCUAUUAGAAAUGUGAUAAAAAGCUAGUGACCAGAUGGCUCCCCCAGGGGAAGCCACUUAGGACAUCUGCUUCUUGGCCAUGACCUUCUAGGACUCACCAUCCCCAGAAUGGAAACAUUUUCUGCGUAGGAUUAAGGACAGUAUAGGCAAGCGUGCGCCACCCUUAGACUGGUGGGCUCUCCUGAACCUCACACAUACAUUAUCGAGGCUGGCAAGAGGGGGCCCCAAAAGCUUGGAUCAGCCUUCUAGGCCACAAAGCAGCAUGCCAUUAGAAUCAGGAGACUAAACCAACGCCAGCCAGAGGAUCCCAAAGGUCAUGUUCAGAUGUGUAAGAAGAAAACCUUAAUUGUACAGUGGAGCACAGAGGCUCUACAGGAGACAUCACUGAGAAGCCAUGCUGUCCCCUUGAACUUGGAACACAUUCUGUUUCAUCCUGGUUGGGCUCUAUACCUCAUUGUAAAUUAAUGAACAAGAAGUUACUUGAAAUGGCUUAAUAAAUGGGGGUGAAGGUAUAGAUAGCAAUAACACCUACCUGAAAUAAUACACCUUGGAGCUUUUAAUCUAAAUCACUUUUUUUUAAGUGCUACUUGUAAAAUAAAUAUUUCUGUAACUA